AUGGAGAUUGCUCCAGGCCGUAGCAACGAAGCAAGCGGUGGCAGCAUUCUCCUAGCACCACUGCAGCAGUACGGAGUACCAAGCGUUAAAUGGUUGUUCGCAAUCGCUGGCCCCGAGCGGCAAUGGCAUAGACCAUCCUUCACCUCGAGUCGAAUUCCCGAUAUUCUUUUGGACCUCGCGCACGCCGCCUCCGCAAAGGCCAAUCGCCCUCGUCGUCGUCGGAAGCCAGAGUGCGGCGACGAAAGCAAGCUCGACCAGGUCGUCACCGUCGCGUCCAACGGCCUCGUCGCCUCGGCGAGGAUGAAGUCGGCCAAGCCGCUCCCCGCGGACGCUCCGGCGCAUCGGAGGUCCCAGCCGGUCCGACAGACGCGCACGAACCCGGCGCGAAGUGCCGCCAACGCCUCCCGGCCCGGCGGUGGCAGGGACGGCCAGGCGAGCGACCAGGCCAUCGACAUCUUCCCGGCGAUCACGCACUUUUCCGACACCAUCACGGCGCUCCCCAAGGAGCUCGUCCGUCACUUUACACUGCUCAAGGAGGUUGACGCCAAACUCUUCGCGCCCGAGGAGCAGCUCUUCAAGCUCGUCGCCGAAGCUGCCGCGACGCCUUUGCCGUACCCGCCAGCGAACGUGGAGGCCGAGGCGGCGAGCGCGGCGGCACGGACGUCGGCAUCCACGGCGGUGCAGAAGCACUCGAGCGCGAGCUCGGCACAUCAGGCGUCGACGGACGAAGCCACGGCGACCGCCUCGUUCGUCUUCGACCACGCCAACGUCCCGCGCCGGCAGCUCUUCCGACAGACGGCGCUGAAGAUUCAGGAGAUGCUCGUCUCGCUCGAGGAGAAGAACCACGUGCUCUCGACUGCCAACGAGGCGCUCCAGCGGCAGCUCGCCCGCGUCGAGGACGUCUGGCCGCACCUCGAGAACGAGUUCAGCGCCGAGGCGAAAUGGGGCAGCACGACGCACUGGGCGUACCCCGAGAACCGAAACAGCAAGGCCUCGCACGCCGAACGAGCCCGCCGCGACGGUGCCGCCGCCAUCUCGGCCGCCGCCCAGGCAUUGGCCGACGAGGCGGCGGCGCGGAGCGACGCUCGGAAGCAGGCGGUGCAGGCGAAGCGAAACCAAAAGAACCAGCACCUCGACUCCGACGCCGACGACCUGGCCGGCCGAAACAAGGGCGAGGGCAAGAAGACGCAAAAGGCGCGGAGGACGGCCGAGGGGAAUGUCGGCCUCGGCAUCUCUGGCGGCGCCUCGACGAACGGGAACCCGCCGCCGAAGCGACGCAAGGUGGAGAGGACCACCAACGGCGGCGAGCCGAUGGAGCGUGUCAUGAGCAACGUCCUCGCCAACAGCGCGCCCAAGGUCAAGACGAGCAGCCCGAGGGGGACGCCGGCGCCGGACGGGCCGAGGAAACGGAAAGCGCUUCCUUCGGGCAGCGGCCAAUCCAAAAAGAAGUACGAUGAUGGCCCAUCUAUCCCCCCUCCUCCCUUCCCGCCCCCUCCCCUCUCGCCCUCUCCCCUCUCGCCCUCUCCCCCCUUCCUCUCCUCGUCCGCCGGCGAUGUUCGUUUGGCAUAG